UCCGGUGGCGAAAAAUAAAAGUGUUUUAUUAAAAUUAUUUUAAUGUGUUUGUCAUCUUCAUUACUCUAUAUUUCAUUAUUAUAGGUAUGGAUUAUGUUAUUCCAAAGUAUGUUUUGGAUGACUUAUGCAGUCGAUUCAUUAUCAACAUUCCAGAAGAAGAGCGCCAAGACUUGAUCCGUAUAUUUUUCCAAAUUGAGUUGGCACAUUGGUUCUAUCUAGAUUUCUACUGUGCUGAAGAUGUGGAGCUCCGUACAGUCAGCUUAAGAGAUUUCUCCGUCCAGAUCUUUCAUCACAUUCCGUUUUUGACGGAAUAUGUGGGUGAAGUAGAGAAACGGUUUGAAGAGUGGCGAGCAUACAAGAUGAGUGUUCCAACAUACGGUGCAAUUAUUCUCGACCCAGAGAUGAAAUAUUGCUUGUUGGCCCAAGGCUUUUGGACAAAGUCGAGUUGGGGAUUUCCAAAGGGCAAGGUCAAUGCAGAAGAGACUCCACUUUGCUGUGCCAUUCGGGAGGUGUUGGAGGAGACAGGGCUGGAUGUGGCCAGCUUGAUCAACAAGAGCGACUUCAUUGAGAAUCAGCUCAACGACCAGCUCACUCGACUGUACAUCAUUCCCGGUGUCACACUAGACACACACUUCCAGCCACAGACUCGCAAAGAAAUCAAGGGCCUGCAGUGGUUUCCAAUAAAUGCCUUGCCAGUGCACAAGAGAGACCAGACAUCAAAGACAUUGCUUGGCAUGAAUCCUAACAACUUCUUCAUGGUCAUCCCGUUCGUCAAAAAUCUUCGAAAAUGGCUUUCUAGAAAACAAGGAGAAGAAAAUGGAAGCGGAGAUGGCAAAAAUGCUUCAUCUUCUUUCCGAACGAAAAUCUGGGAAAACAGCGAGAGAAAGCAGGAUUCGCAGCGACAGAAGAAACACUCACAGCAGCAGCAGAACUUCAUCAAACAGAACCAGAAUGAGAUGCAGGACCUGCUACAGCUGCAGGAGGAGAGACAGAAGAUGAAGAACUUGGGAGACUUGUCGGAGAAAAAAACAAACUCCAAAUCGGGGCAUCGGCAGCACACAAGCAGCUCACCGAGACAGACCAGCAAGCCGCAGUUACAAAUUAUGGGUCGUGAUGGAAACAUCACUGGCAAUACUCGUCGAAAUCUAGCGGAUCAGUUUGACAAACCAAAUCGGCCCGCUGCAGGUUCUGCAUCAUCUGAUCGACCGGCAAGGCCUCAUUCUAGCAAUAGGGAGAAGAAAUCACGAAAGAAAGAUAUUUUCAAAGAAGAGUUUCACUCAAAGACAUGGCUGAACUUCAAGUUUGACGUUGAUGCAAUCAUGGCAUGUAUACCAUGAUACUAAUAUUCAAAGGAGAGUUUUACUCAAACAUGGCUAAACUUGACGUUGAUGCAGACAUUGCAUGCAUACCAUGAAACUUGACUAAUAUUCAAAGGAGAGUUUUACUCAAACAUGGCUAAACUUGACGUUUGACAUUGAUGCAA